AAGUUGGCAUAACUAACUGAGAAAUCAUUGUUUUUUGAACACUUCCUUGAAGAAGGCGGUCAAAAAGGGGCAGGAAGUUCCUGAUUUUAGUUUUCAUGUGCUUUUCUGGCUGUUUUGAGUGCGCACAACUUAGGAAGAUCUAGCGUUUCCAGCCUGAAAUUGUGUGUGACUACUCUUCAUUUAAUUUCAUUUUUACAAUGGAGUCAACAACUGAUGAGUUGAAUGAAGUGGCCACUGAAGUCUUCAAUUCCAAAAGCCUGGCUGUUCAGGCCCAAAAGAAAAUACUUGGCAAGAUGGCAUCAAAGUCAAUAGCAACUGCAUUGAUAGAUGAUACAAGCAGUGAUGUUUUGGAUGAGCUAUUCAAAGCAACCAAGGAAUACACGCAGAACAAAAAAGAAGCAGAAAAGAUUGUCAAAAAUCUUAUCAAGGUAGUCAUAAAACUAGGAGUCUUGUACAGGAAUAAUCAAUUCAAUCAAGAUGAGAUAAUGCUUGUGGAGAAAUUCAAGAAGAAAGUUCAUCAGUUAGCAAUGACCGUUGUGAGUUUUCAUCAGGUUGACUUUACUUUUGAUCGGCAUGUUCUGUCCAAACUUUUGAAUGAAUGCAGAGACAUGCUUCACCAAAUCAUUGACCGGCAUCUCACUGCCAAGUCACAUGGACGCAUCAACCAUGUUUUUAAUCACUUUUCGGAUUGUGAGUUCUUGGCUGUGCUUUACAAUCCAUUUGGAUCUUACAAAGGUUCUCUGCAGAAAAUAUGUGAUGGUGUGAACAAAAUGUUAGAUGAUAAAAUUAUAUAACCAGCAAUUUGUAACAUUUUCUGUAAAACAUGUUAAAAGUCCUGCUAAAAUAUGAAGAAAUAAUGUCUUGUAAAAUGCAUUUUUGUUAAAAUUGUAUAUUUUGACAAGUUUCUUUUAAAGAUUUGUUUUCUAUUUCUAUAACUAUGCAUAAAAUAGAAUAAGUACUCUGAUCUAUUAUUUGUCCAUUGAGUGAAAUUACUUGAACCCCCCCCUUGUUCAAUUCCUAGCAGAUGAUUGUUCUUAGCCUGUGGAAUAAAUCUGAUGAGUUCAGAUAAAUGAGCAAAAUCCAAUGCAACUUUAGCUUUUAGACUAUUACACAAAACAAUAUGCAUUGUUUCCUUUUUGUAAGUUUAUAACUUAAAAACACACACACACCAGCUUGCAAAUAAACUGAAAUAAUUAUGUUCCGAAAUGAAGAUUACAGAAUGUAAAUGAAAUAGUACAUACGCAUUGCCAGUGUUAUGUCAAAGUACAACAAGUAGCAUUUUAAUACUUUUCAUCCCUUUCCAUCUGUAUUAUACAGUUUACAUCAACUCACUUGAAUUACUUGGACAUAUAAAACAACGGACUUUGAUCUAGUGUGUUGAGAUGUAAUAUAUUAAACUAAGUCUCAGAUGCUUAUUUUAUUCUAAAAUACUCAAAUGGGCAAGUAACUUUCAUAAAUCAAUUGUACUUUAUGAUCAGCAUAGUUAUUAUGACUGUCACUGUGACUGGAGCAACUUUUAUUCUUGUGCGAAUUAUUUGUUUGUAGUAAGCCAAAGAAUAAAUUUCCAUUGAACCUGGAGUAAUAUAGUCA